AAUAUCAUGGAUAAAGAUGGGCGGACGGCCCUAUUUGAGGCCGCACGAUGCAAGAACGAGAAGGCUAUAGAUAAGCUUAUUGCCGCUGGUGCAGACGUCAAUUUCGCAGACAAGCUCGGGCGUACGCCAUUAUUUGAGGCCACAACGUCUGAGCACAUGAUUGGCAUGAGGUACCUUAUGGUGGCAGGCGCAGACGUCAAUCACAAAGAUAAUCGCGGGCUUACGGCCCUAUUUGAGGCGGCACGACAUAGGGAAGAAUACUGUAUACGAAUGCUUAUUAACGCUGGUGCAGACGUCAAUUCCACAGAUGACCGCGGGCGUACAGCUAUGUUCGUGGCUGUAAACUAUGGUUCAGUAGACUCUCAGCUACCCCUUCUCGCCGCUGGAGCCGAUUUGAAUCAUAAAGACACCGAUGGACAGACAGUCUUCUUAAUGGCCAUGCAUCGCCAAAACUGUGUGCACAGCAAAAUCAUCGCCGCUGCAGCCGACGUUAAUCAGGUAGAUGACCGAGGAAACACAGCGCUC